CACACCUUGGCUGGGUGAUACUGUGAAGCUUGCUGUGGGGUAGAACCCACGUGCCAGCUUCUGAAAGUGAUGAAAAUCCCCAGCUUUUGGGUCCAGAUAAUUACUGCUGACUUCUCAAAUUUACCCGGACCGCCGCAGUUUCUAAAGGUGAUCGGAGCCCUUGUCCUGGCGGUUGGGAUUUAUGCAGAAGUCGAAAGACAGAAGUACAAAACUCUAGAAAGUGCCUUUCUAGCCCCGGCAAUUAUUUUAAUACUUCUGGGCAUUAUAAUGUUCCUGGUCUCUUUUGUGGGUGUCUUGGCUUCUUUAAGAGACAAUUUAUGCCUCCUUCAAGCAUUCAUGUACAUUCUUGGUAUCUGCUUGCUGAUUGAGCUGACUGGUGGAGUGGUGGCCCUGAUCUUCAGAAACCAGACAAUCAAAUUUUUGAACGAUAAUAUAAGAAGAGGAAUUGCGAAUUACUACGAUGAUUUAGACUUCAAGAACAUCAUGGACUCUGUUCAAAAGCGGUUUAAGUGCUGUGGUGGGGAAGAUUACAGAGAUUGGUCACAAAAUGUAUACCACGACUGUGCAGCGCCGGGACCGCUGGCCUGUGGGGUGCCCUACACUUGCUGUGUCAGAAAUAAGACAGACAUCAUCAACACUAUGUGUGGAUACAAAACGAUUGACAGAGAGCGCUUGAGUGUUCAGAAUAUUAUAUAUGUCCGUGGAUGCACGAAUGCAGUGCUAAUUUGGUUUUUGGACAACUACAGCAUCAUGGCUGGUGUGCUGCUCGGCAUAUUGCUACCCCAGUUCCUGGGUGUGUUGUUGUCCUUGCUGUACAUAACUCGGGUGGAAGACAUCAUCACCGAGCACAAGCUGAGCGAAAGGCUGUUUGAAGACGUGGGGCAAAGAUCUGCCCCCGAGUUCUCCGAAGCUGGCUGCUGCAUGUGCUACCCGGGGUGACUUGGGAAACCUCAAAUGUGGUUAAAAAACAAAAACAACAAAAAAAGGAGAAGACAAAUCCACCUGUUCUGGUUUCUGCUGGCUGUUACAGACUGGGGGGUGUAAGGAAUGGGCCAGCAGACCAUGGUGGGCAGGUGGGGAGGGCGCCGAUCCCCCCGUAGCCUCGUUGCUCUCGGUGUGUCUGCGGCCAAAGCCACACCAGGAGGGCUCCGCGCUGCUGCCGGCGAUGCUGCUGGAAGGUGGGCUUGUGGAUCAUUAAAUCUUGGGUUGUUGGUUGUUUUUUUUUUUUUUUGGUGAAUGAUUGCUGAGUGAUAAUGCAACUGGGAAAGUGAUUCUGGGACGAUUUGAAGGUAGAUUUCUCAGAAGAGCCUUUGCAUCUUGGGAUGUUGAAUUUAAAUGUUCAUCCUUUCCAACUUCAUCUUCUUACUCCUUCCAAGAAAGGAUUUCUUACUGAUCUACAUGGUGAAUAUUAAACGUGUGUUUAAUAAAUUUUUUUAAUGCUAAUCUUGAUGAAUUUACUGACAAUAAUGGAUGUGAUGCUGAGCACUUUCGUUGCUCAGUCUUUUGUGCCUUUUAAUAAUGGGGCAGAUGCCGACGUUGAAUCAGUCAGGUAAUGCUUGAUAUAUUUUUAAUGCAAUUUGUUAUUGUCUGGCUUUUUUAUAAACUUAUGGGAUGUUUGAGUCUUGUAUGUACUGUAUAUUUCCUCUUUAGUGAAUUAACUAGGUGAUUUAUGAUUUUUUUUUUGAGUUCUGUGUGUUGACAUGUUUCGAAAUUUGAUUCUUCUUGUCAAAACAAAACGAGUAAUUUAAAAAAAAAAAAAAAGAAAAGCACAAAGACUUUGUUUAAAAUGCUUUUUAUUUUCUUAUCUAAGUUGAGCCUGAAUCAAAAGAUAGAAAUACCUUGAGCUGUGGUUCUGGCUUGCCUUGGGGUUGUGGAGAGAGUCCCUGAAGGUGUGUGCUUUGCUUCCUUCUCUGAGUGAAUCGGGGACAAUUCUUGGGAAGUCACCGAGAGCUCUGGGGUUUUUGUUGUCGUUGCUUUGUCCUGAGCCUUUUCUCUGUGGCAUUUCCAGCCCCAGCCAGGCUGGCAUGCAGAAUGCACAACCUAAUUAUCACCAUGCUUCAAAUAAACAAAUCCGGGAUGAGAAUGAAGUGGGUUUGGUUUAGA